AUGAAGUUCCCUACAUGGUCAUUGGCCCUUUCGGCGCUGACGGUGGGCGUGGCCGCCGAGGAUGCUUUGUACAGUCGGCGAUUGGCGAAGAGAGGUUUGGAUGCUGAGGGAAACUUUAACAUCUCCUUCUUCCAUGUCAAUGAUGUCCACGCCCAUCUCGAUGAAUUCAGCUCUUCGGGGACCGACUGCACACGUCCUGAGCGCGGCUGCUAUGGUGGUUACGCCCGGAUCAAAACCGUAAUCGAAGAGAAUCGCCCGAAUUACAAUGACAGCCUCUGGCUCAAUGUCGGCGACGAAUUCCAAGGCACCCUAUUCUACUCCUUCUAUGGGGGCGAGAAAAUCGCAGAGACGCUCAAUCAGCUCAACUUUUCGGCCAUGACGCUCGGCAACCAUGAGUUCGAUGCUGGUGAUGAGCAGUUGGGACAAUUCUUGGAGAACCUGACGUUCCCCAUCAUCAGCGCCAAUGUGCACAGCGAAAAUGAAAAGGUCAAUAGGAGCGUGAAGCCAUACCACAUCUUUCAACAAUAUGGGUUGGCACUUAUCGGUGUUACAACGGAUGAGACACCCAGUAUCAGUAACCCGGACGAGUCUACCACAUUUUCCAAUGUAGUCGAGUCCGUACAAGGAGCCAUUGACGAAAUCAAAGCCACCACCAACAUCACCCGUAUCGCAGCCAUCACGCACAUUGGCUACGAAAAGGACCAGGAGCUCGCCGAAGCCACGACCGGCCUCCAACUCAUCAUGGGUGGGCACUCACACACUCUGCUCGGCGACAUGGAAGACGCAGAAGGCAAGUACCCCACCAUCGUCGAGAAUAAAGGCGGAGACGAAGUCUUCAUCGUAACCGCCUAUCGCUGGGGCGAAUACGUUGGCUACAUUGACGUGACCUACGAUCCCUCUGGUAAAAUCCUCGCCUACCAUGGCGCACCCAUCCACGUCACCAACACCACCGAGCAGGAUGCAGACCUGCAACGCCAAAUCGAGGAAUGGCGCGGUCCCUUUGAAGAAUUCGCCGCCGAAGUCCUGGGAACAAGCAACGUCCCGCUCGACCAAUCUUCCUGCCAGCGUCAAGAAUGCCUCCUCGGCGACUUCAUGGCCGACGCCAUGCUCGCCUACCGCAGAAACAAUAGCCAAGACGUCGACUUCGCCCUCAUCAACGCCGGCGGCAUCCGCGCCACCAUCGACAGCGGCGACAUUACCCGCGGCGAAGUCCUCACCUCCUUCCCCUUUGGAAACGCCAUCGUCGAAAUUGCCGUCAACGGAUCCUACCUCUGGUCGGUCCUCGAGGGCAUCGUCACCGGCGUCAACCUCUUCAACAACGAAGAAGUCACUUCCUUUCUCCAAGUCAGCUCUGGCAUCAAAAUCGAAUACAACCCCGAAAACGCCAACGGCACCCGUCUCAUCGCCGUCACCAUUGGCGACGAGCCCCUGCGCAACGAAACCACGUAUCAAGUUGUCACUCUGGAUUUCAUCGCCGGCGGCGGCGACAACUUCUUCCUGCCAACAACUGACUUUGCUACCCUGGAUACCCAGGAUGAGGUGCUGACGGCAUAUAUCCUCGCCCAGAGCCCCGUCGACAUCCAACUCGAUGGCAGGAUUGCGCAGGUGGAUAGGCAGAGGGAGGGGGUGCCGGGUGCUAGCAAUGGUACUACCAAUGGCACGAGCGAUGCAUCAGGACCAGUGCCGACGCAGGCAUCGGGUGCGGCGCCUCGUUUGGGUGCGAGUGCGGGAUCCCUUGGGGCUGUGCUUGUUGCGGGGUUGUUGGGUUUGAUGCUGCUGUGA